AUGUACGCCAACGUGGCACGUCAGCAGGGUGGAGCUGAACAGGGUCCUCCAGGCCCGAACUACGCUCAGCUGCCACAGCAUCAGCAUCCGCAACAACAACCGCAACAGCCACAACAACAGCAGCAACAGCAACAACAGCAACAACAGCAGUUACAUCCACAACAGGCUCAAGCUCAAGCUCAAGCUCAAGGUCAAGCUCCGGGUCCGGGUCAGCCUCAGAAUCAUCCACAGUCACAAUCACAACAUCAACAACAACAGCAGCAACAGCAGCAGCCACAACAAAACCCAGGACAACCACAUCUUAUGAGUCAGGGCCCAUCACAGGGUAACCUUGGAGGUGGGAAUAUUGGUGCCAAUAUCGGAGGUAAUGGUACUGGACUGCCUGCUGGAAUCAGUGCUAGCGCUUUAAAUAUCAUCAACGCAGCCAAUUCAUCAGCGGGUCAGGCUGGAACAGGUCUACCUUUGCCAAUUCCCACUGACCAAGGAAAUGAAGAAAGACACACUUCAGACGACGACCGGGUGUUUGCAUGGAUUCUCGAGCUCAUGCACGGGCCAAACCGCGAGCAAGCGUUAUUGGAACUGGGGAAAAAACGUGAACAGUACGACGAGCUGGCUCUGAUAUUAUGGCAUUCGUUUGGUGUCAUGACAUGUCUUUUACAGGAAAUCAUCUCUGUUUACCCACUUCUGUCGCCUCCUCAAUUGUCAUCUCCAGCUUCAAAUCGCGUUUGUAAUGCACUCGCGUUAUUACAAUGUGUGGCAUCUCACGAUCAAACUCGUAACUUGUUCCUUAAUGCCCAUAUCCCACUGUUUAUUUACCCAUUUCUUAACACGUCGUCCAAAUCGCGUGCUUUUGAGUAUCUAAGACUGACAUCGUUGGGUGUCGUCGGAGCUCUUGUCAAGAACGAUUCUCCUGAAGUCAUUUCGUUCCUGCUGUCCACCGAGAUCAUUCCUCUGUGUCUCAGUAUCAUGGAAUCAGGCACCGAAUUAUCGAAAACCGUGGCUAUCUUUAUUGUUCAGAAGAUUCUCAUGGACGACAUGGGCUUGAACUACGUGUGUCAAACCUACGAACGGUUCUUUGCCGUAUCGGUCGUGCUUUCCAACAUGGUCGCUCAACUGGUAGCACUCCCCCCAGCCUCUUCACGGCUUCUCAAGCACGUCGUUCGCUGCUACCUCCGUCUCAGCGACAACGGCCGCGCCCGCGAGGCUCUCCGACAAAUCCUUCCUGAGCCCUUACGCGAUGCCACCUUCUCCUACACCCUCCGCGACGACGCCGGCACAAAACGCUGUCUCGCCCAGCUGCUCGUCAACCUCUCCGACAACUACGAAUAG